AUGGCACAGCCUGGUGGCAGUAAUCAGGCUGCUGCGCCUGAAGGAGCACUGCUUCGACUUUCCGUCGAGGCGAUAGAGGCUCCUUAUAAUACAGCUGCAUCCAUCGCUGUUGAAUUCUCUGUAAUUGCCGAUAAGGAGGCCCUUCCAUCUUUGCACGUCUUUUGUACCUUCCUAGGAAAAGUUUAUGAGACGGGGCCCCUCUCUUCAUGGUCAGACACAGCACAAAGUGUGGCGGCCUGCACGGGUACUUCUUCCGUUCUCAUUGCAGGGUCACCUGAUCACGCCCAAAAUGAUUCCACAGACGACUGCUGCCAGUGGGCUGCAGUGAAAUAUGAGCUCAUUCUCGCACCAUUCAGUUUGCCCGCCACUUCUUGCGAGCAAUUCAUCAAAGAAAGCAUAGCAUUUACUGUCGUUAGAACCACAGAGUCGAGCGCAGAUGUGGCUCAACGCAAAGAAGCUCAAACAAAGAUAUCUAGAUCUGAAGGAAAGGAGAGAGUGGGAAGAAAGGGAGGCGCAUCUCGCUCCGCCAUUCCAUCCGGAGAGUCACGCAUAGCUGAGAUGUCGGUUGCUCCCCUUUUGCUUCUCAAAGACGGGGAAAGAGCGCAGCCGCCCGAAGGAGUUCAAGAAACCCUCGUGCGGGUUCCAGGUUAG